AUGGACGAGGACUCACCCGCAGUUGAUAAAAGAUUCGAAUUCAUAGAAGAAUACGUGUUAAAGACAAUGAAACUGAAAUCUGACAGGUGGCAAAAAUGCAUUGCCAUGGAAGAGCAGAAACAAGUGAUUCAAGACUUUUUGGAUAAAUCUGAUCAAACUACUCUUGUUGUGUCCUUAAACGCUGCAGGACAGUUAAUUCCCUCUUUUGGAUUUUCAGGAACUGCGAAGAACAAAGGCGUUUAUUUCUUCAAACUAUGCAAAACUACACUUACUCCGGAGUUAAUGAAGAGUAUUUUAAUUUAUGGGGACAUGUCCUAUUCCCCGCUCGAGCAGUUCUCCGCACUUGUGGAGGAGGUUGUGGUCCCUGUUCUGUCCAAUAACAGAAACCAUUGCCACUGGCCUCAUGUUGUAUCCCAGGACAUAAUGCGACACGUCCACACUCUGAAGACCAAUGUCUUUGUGUUGUCUGGUCAAGUCAAAGGCAAAACUCUUCUUCCUCUUCCUCCAGGAUCAGAAAGAGUUGAACAAGCUGCCUUUGAAAGAGAUAAAAGAGGUGACAUUGUGGACAAAAGCAUCAUCCACUCUAUUGAGUCGGUUGUGGUUGAGUGGAGUCAUCAGAUUCGGGAGGUCCUAAAGAGGGACUCAUCUGAGCCACUGCUUGAGGGCAAAAACCCCACUCCAGAUGUAGAGCUUAACUUUUGGAAAAACAGAUAUGCUGAUCUUGAGUGCAUACACAGCCAGUUUAAGGCACCUAAAGUAUCUAAAAUGGCUGUACUUUUGGAGGCAAUGGAGAGUAGUUACUAUCCUGCUUUUUCUAGCAUGCUCCAGGAUGUCGUGAGAGCACUGGAAGAGGCAAGAGACAUCAAUAUCUACCUGAAGCCCAUUCAGCGAUUAACUGAGGACUUGGAGAAUGUGGAAUUCACUGACAUCAAAGGAAAGAUUGCACCAUUAAUGCACACAGUUUGUCUGGUGUGGGCCAACUCCAAAUACUACAACACCCCAGCCAGAAUCAUAGUGCUGCUACAGGAGAUCUGUAACCUCCUCAUCCAAUUGGCUCAAACCUAUUUGAACCCAGAGGACAUACUGAAAGGUGAUUCAGUAGAAAGCUUGACAAGAGUUCAAAUUACCCUUGAUGUGCUUCACCACUUCAAAAACACAUACAGGGAGAGGAGGAACAGCCUUCACCAGUAUCAGAAAAAUGGGACAGAGAUCAGACCCUGGGACUUUUCUCCCACCAUGGUGUUCGCUGGACUGGAUCGCUUCAUGAACCGACUAAGAACUAUUGAGAAUUUGCUGCUUACAGCUGGUGAUAUGAUGAAACUGGAGAAGAUGGAGUUUGGGGGCAUUCGAGGAAAAAGACUCAGUCAGCAGGUCUUUGGUCUGUAUGAGGAGUUCUUAGAAAGAUUCAAAGUUUUCACAGAGAGACCGUAUGACUGCCUAGACAUCUGUAAUUUGGAGUUUGAGGCUGAUUAUAACACAUUCCAGCAUAAGGUGGAGGAUACUGAUCGUCGCCUCGGGGCAAUCUUUUGCCAGGCUUUUGAUGAUGCCUCGGGUUUAGAGCAUGCCUUCAAGGUUUUGGACAUGUUUGGUAGCCUUUUGGAGCGCCCUCUGAUAGCUGCAGAUGCUAAGGAGAGAUACCCUGUACUUAUCAGACUGUUUGACAGGGAGCUGGACAACUGCCAAACUCUUUUUAAAAAACACAUUCAGGCAGAAGAGGAGCUAGCCUACACUCCUGUCAACAAGAACUUGCCUCCUGUGGCAGGUGGUUUAAAAUGGACUCAGCAGUUGCAAGAGCGCAUUCAAAUCCCGUUCUCUAACUUUAGAUAUAUUUCUUAUCCAUGCUUGGAGUCUGUGGAUGGAGAGAGGAUGGUCCAGAAAUAUGAAGAAAUACUGCAGUUACUCAAACGAUACUCAUCUAAGUUAUAUGACAAGUGGACUGAAUCUGUUGGUGAGAAGUCCCAAUAUAAUCUUUGUCAACCACUCAUCUUAAGAGACCCAGGAACAAGACACAUAUCUGUCAAUUUUAACCCUCAGUUAGUGUCAGUCCUCCGAGAAGUGAAAUACUUAGAGGCAAGACAAAGGGAAGAAAUUCCAGAUAUGGCUUCGGACAUCUAUUCAAACAAGGAGCUCCUGUGGCAGUACGUUGCCAACUUAGAGCUGACGGCUUCCUGGUACAAUAAGGUGAUAACCACAGUCCUGGAAGUGGAGUUCCCAUUGAUCCAGGGUGAGCUGAAGUACAUAGACACUCAGCUCAAAGAAGCAGAGGAAACCAUCAACUGGACCAGCCAAGGGAUCUGGGAGUACAUCCAAAGAGUGCGGGAGACUGUUCGUGGACUGGAGGAGCGCUUGCAGAGAGCCAAAGACAAUGUUGAGGAGAUCCAGAGCCUCAUGAAAUCCUGGGCCUCCCCAAUUUUUGAGAGGAGGGAGGAGAAGAAAGACACCCUCCUGAACUUGGAGGACAAAGCCGAGCGUCUAGAGAGAACCUACACCCAGAUAAAAGCCUCAGGGACAAAGAUCCACCACUUAGUGAAGGAGAACUUGGCACUUUUCAAGGUUGACCCCUCAUCAGUUGAGUGGAGGUCGUAUGUGGAUUACAUCGAUGAAAUGCUCAUAGAUGGCUUCUUCAACAGCAUUGAGUGCUCCCUCAAGUUCUUUUUAGAUAACACAGUAGACCACAGGGCUGGGUUGGCACCCUUCUUUGAAGCCCAGUUAGAUCUUCAAGUACCCGACAUGGUUUUCCACCCCUCACUGGAGUUUGGUGCUUCAGAUGGCUUCUAUGAUCUUGUAGAGAGUCUAAUCAACGAUGUCUACAGGAUUUCCUCCUUGGUUCCACGUUUAGCUGAACACAGCAGCUUUCCACACUACCAGGCAGACAUGGAGGACAUGGCAGAUUUAGCUGACAUGCGUCAGCUCUUGAUGGAGCGUGUGCAGAGAGUCAUGCUUCAAUGCUGUGAGUACAGAAACUCUUUUGACCGUUACGCUUAUCUCUACGUGGACGACAGGCGAGAGUUCAUGCGCCAGUUCCUGCUCUAUGGCCAUGUCCUCACUAGCGAGGAGAUCGAAGCGCAUGCUGAGGAUGGUGUCCCAGAGAACCCACCGACACUAGAGCGCUUUCGGGAACAAGUGGAUUUGUAUGAGAGCGUCUAUGAAGAGGUGCAAAAGCUGGAUCCCAUCCAUGUGUUUGAGGGCUGGAUGAGGGUAGAUGGAAGGGCCUUUAAAAGUGCAUUGCUCAACAUCAUCAAAAAAUGGAGCUUUAUGUUUAAACAACAUCUCAUUGACCAUGUAACAAACAGUCUGUCAGAUCUGGAGGAGUUCAUCAGAGUAACUGAGGCUGGUUUGGGAAAGAGGGUGGAAGAAGGUGACUAUGCUGGCUUAGUGGAGGUCAUGGGUCAUUUGAUGGCGGUGAAAGAGAGACAGAGCACGACCGAUGAGAUGUUUGAGCCACUGCAGCACACCAUCGAUCUGCUCAAGACAUAUGAGCAGGAACUCCCAGAAGUAGUGUAUAAACAGCUAGAGGAGCUGCCAGAGAAGUGGACAAACAUGAAGAAGCACGCUAUGGUGGUCAAGCAGCAUGUGGCACCCCUACAGGCGAGUGAGGUUGCCAGUCUACGCAGGAAGUGCACUUCUUUUGACGUGGAGCAGCAUGCCUUCAGGGAGGAGUUUCGCAAAAAGGCACCCUUUAGAUUUGACAGUGAAAACCCUUAUCAGAUGCUGGACACAGCACAUAAGCAGAUUCAAGAGAUGGAAGCCAUCAUGGCCGGGCUCAUUGAGUCUGCUAACCUGUUUGAGGUGAACAUUUCGGACUACAAACAGCUUAGGCAGUGCCGACGGGAGGUCUCUCUUCUUAAAGAGUUGUGGGAUUUGAUCAUGGCGGUCCACUCCAGCCUGAACGCCUGGCAAACCACCUGCUGGAGAGACAUCAGUGUGGAUGACAUGGAACUUGAGUGCAAACGCUUCUCCAAGGACCUUCGAGCUUUGGAUAAAGAGGCCAGAGCGUGGGAUGCAUUCGUCGGGUUGGACGGAACCGUUAAAAACACCCUGACCUCUCUGCGUGCUGUGGCUGAGCUCCAAAACCCAGCCAUCCGCCCACGACACUGGCAGCAGUUGAUGGCUGCCACGGGUGUACACUUUACGAUGGACCAGGACACAACUCUAGCUGACCUGCUGCGUCUCAACUUGCACUGCUUCGAGGAUGAGGUUCGUGCCAUCGUUGAUCGGGCAGUGAAGGAAAUGGGCAUGGAGAAAGUACUGAUGGAACUCAACACUACGUGGACGGGCAUGGAAUUUGGCUAUGAGACUCACCCACGUACUGGUGUACCGUUGCUCAAGUCGGAUGAGGAUCUCAUCGAGACACUGGAAGACAACCAAGUGCAGCUGCAGAACCUCAUGUCAUCUAAACACAUCGCCUACUUCUUGGAGGAUGUGUCAUUGUGGCAGCGGAGGCUGUCUGUGGCUGAUUCCGUCAUCUCCAUCUGGUUUGAGGUGCAGAGGACCUGGUCUCACCUAGAAAGCAUCUUCAUUGGUUCAGAGGAUAUUCGCUCUCAACUGCCUGAGGAUUCUAAGCGCUUUGAAGGCAUCGACACAGAUUUCAAAGACCUGGCUUAUGAUGCUAAUAAAACACCCAAUGUUGUAGAGGCCACCAACAAACCCGGGCUCUACAGCAAACUAGAAGAUACUCAAAGCAGACUUGCUCUUUGUGAGAAAGCUUUAGCGGAGUAUCUGGACACCAAACGGCUGGCCUUCCCCAGGUUCUACUUCAUCUCCUCCACUGAUCUAUUGGAUAUCCUGUCCAAUGGUACUGAUCCGCAGCAGGUUCAGAGGCAUCUGUCGAAGUUGUUUGACAACAUGGCAAAGAUGAAAUUUGACACAGACAGUGCUGGUAAUCCCACUAAAACUGGUCUGGGCAUGUUCAGUAAAGAAGAGGAAUAUGUUCCAUUCAGCGAAUCCUGUGACUGCAGUGGACAGGUCGAGGUGUGGCUGAAUCGAGUUCUGGACACCAUGCGUGCAACAGUGCGUCAUGAGAUGACAGAGGCUGUUCUAGCUUACGAGGACAAGCCUAGGGAACAGUGGCUGUUUGAUUAUCCUGCUCAGGUGGCUCUCACCUGCACCCAGAUCUGGUGGACGUCGGAUGUGGGGAUGGCAUUUGCACGACUUGAGGAGGGCUAUGAGAAUGCUAUGAAGGAAUACUAUAAGAAACAAGUCAACCAGCUCAACACUCUCAUUAAUAUGCUGAUUGGCCAGCUCAGUCCUGGAGACAGACAGAAGGUCAUGACCAUCUGUACCAUAGACGUCCAUGCCAGAGAUGUGGUAGCCAAGAUGAUAGCUCAGAGGGUGGAGAACUCUCAGGCUUUUGUGUGGCUGUCUCAGCUGAGACACCGUUGGGACGACAAAGAGAAGCACUGCUUCGCUAACAUCUGCGACGCCCAGUUCCUCUAUUCCUACGAGUACCUCGGUAACACGCCACGAUUAGUGAUCACGCCUCUGACGGACAGAUGCUACAUCACUCUGACCCAGUCUUUGCACCUCACAAUGAGCGGGGCCCCAGCUGGUCCGGCUGGAACAGGGAAAACCGAGACCACUAAGGACCUAGGCAGAGCUCUUGGCAUCAUGGUCUAUGUAUUUAACUGCUCAGAGCAGAUGGACUACAAGUCCUGCGGCAACAUCUACAAAGGCCUGGCCCAAACGGGAGCCUGGGGCUGCUUUGACGAGUUUAACAGGAUAUCUGUGGAGGUGCUGUCUGUGGUUGCUGUGCAGGUCAAAAGUAUCCAAGAUGCCAUUAGAGAUAAGAAAAAACACUUCAAUUUCAUGGGGGAGGACAUCAACCUGUUUCCAUCUGUGGGCAUCUUUAUUACUAUGAACCCAGGCUACGCUGGCAGGACUGAGCUUCCUGAAAACCUCAAAGCCCUUUUUCGGCCAUGUGCGAUGGUGGUGCCAGACUUUGAGCUCAUCUGUGAAAUCAUGUUGGUGGCUGAAGGUUUCAUAGAGGCCAGACUAUUGGCCAGGAAAUUUAUCACACUUUAUCAACUCUGCAAGGAACUUCUAUCUAAGCAGGACCACUAUGACUGGGGACUGCGUGCCAUUAAGUCUGUGCUGGUGGUAGCAGGAUCUCUAAAGAGAGGUGAUCCAGAGCGAGCCGAAGACCAGGUGCUGAUGAGGGCCCUACGAGAUUUCAAUGUGCCGAAGAUAGUGACCGAUGACAUGCCUGUCUUUAUGGGACUUAUUGGGGACCUAUUCCCAGCUCUGGAUGUUCCACGCAAGAGGGAUCCUGAGUUUGAGAAGUUUGUCAAGCAGUCUGUGCUAGACCUCAAAUUACAGGCAGAAGAUAACUUUGUGCUAAAGGUCGUCCAGCUGGAGGAGCUCCUUGCUGUUCGUCAUUCGGUGUUUGUAGUGGGCAACGCAGGUACAGGCAAAUCUCAGGUGAUGAAGUCUCUCAACAAGACCUAUCAGAACAUGAAGCGUAGGCCCGUUUGGGCCGACCUGAACCCCAAAGCUGUCACCAACGACGAGCUCUUUGGUAUCAUAAACCCAGCCACACGUGAAUGGAAAGAUGGACUGUUCUCUAAUAUCAUGCGUGAGUUGGCUAACAUCAGUCACAGUGGCCCAAAGUGGAUUGUGCUGGAUGGUGAUAUUGAUCCAAUGUGGAUUGAGUCUUUGAACACAGUAAUGGAUGACAACAAGGUACUGACUCUGGCCAGUAACGAGAGGAUUCCACUGAACCCCACCAUGAGACUCGUAUUUGAGAUUAGUCAUCUCCGAACUGCUACACCUGCCACUGUGUCCAGAGCUGGCAUUUUAUACAUUAACCCUGCUGAUUUGGGUUGGAACCCCCCUGUGUCUAGUUGGAUUGACAAGAGAGAAAUCCAAUCAGAGAAGGCCAAUUUAACUAUUUUGUUUGACAAGUAUCUUCCGCCUUGCCUCGAUACCCUCAGAUCAAGAUUUAAGAAGAUUAUUCCGGUCCCUGAACAGAGCAUGGUCCAGAUGCUUUGCCACCUCCUGGAGUGUCUACUGACCCCCGAACAUACGCCUCCAGACUGUCCUAAAGAGCUCUACGAACUCUACUUCGUCUUUGCUGCCAUCUGGGCCUUUGGAGGGGCCAUGUUCCAGGACCAGCUGGUGGAUUACAGAGUGGAGUUCAGUAAAUGGUGGGUGACUGAAUUUAAAACCAUCAAGUUUCCCUCUCAGGGCACAGUGUUUGAUUAUUACAUUGACCCUGACACAAAGAAAUUUGAGCCCUGGUCCAAAAUGGUACCCAAGUUUGAAAUGGAUCCGGACAUUCCUCUCCAGGCUUGCUUGGUGCACACCACAGAGACGAUCCGCGUCCGAUACUUCGUGGACCGUCUACUGGAGAGGAGGCGUCCAGUUAUGCUCGUGGGGAACGCCGGGACGGGAAAGUCAGUCCUCGUCGGAGAUAAGCUUGGUUCCUUGGACCCGGACAAAUACAUGAUCAAAAAUGUCCCCUUCAACUACUACACCACCUCUGCCAUGCUGCAAGCCAUUUUAGAGAAGCCCUUGGAGAAAAAAGCAGGAAGAAACUAUGGCCCACCGGGAAGUAAGAGGCUUAUAUACUUCAUAGAUGACAUGAACAUGCCUGAGGUAGAUGCCUAUGGCACAGUGCAGCCCCACACUCUGAUUCGUCAGCACAUGGAUUACAACCACUGGUACGACAGGAGCAAGCUGCAGCUGAAGGAGAUCCACAAUGUGCAGUACGUGUCCUGCAUGAAUCCCACAUCAGGCAGCUUCACCAUCAACCCAAGGCUGCAGCGGCAUUUCUCAGUGUUUGCCCUCUCCUUCCCUGGAACGGAAGCCCUGAGUACAAUCUACUGCAGUAUUUUGAGUCAACAUCUCAGGGGCGAGGGCUUUGGGCUUGCUCUCCAGAAAAGCUGUCCACAGUUGGUCCAACUAGCGCUGGCAUUCCACCAGCGCGUGACCGCCACCUUCCUACCCACAGCCAUCAAGUUCCACUACAUUUUCAACCUUCGUGACCUCUCCAGCAUAUUCCAGGGCAUCCUUUUUUGCAAAAGCGAAUGUCUGAAGACUCCUCAGGAUCUGGUGAAGAUUUACAUACACGAGUCCAACCGGGUUUACCGAGACAAGAUGGUGGAAGACAAAGACUUUGCGGUUUUUGACAAGCUGCAGUCAGAUCUGGUGAAGAAGUUUUAUGAGGACAUGGAAGAAGCCCUGGAGGAAACCAAGGUGAUGAAUAUGUACUGCCACUUUGCCCUGGGCGUCGGAGAGCCCAAAUACAUGCCAGUGCAGUCAUGGGGGAGCCUGAACAAAACUCUACUAGAGGCACUUGACAGCUACAAUGAAGUCAACGCCAACCUCAACUUAGUUCUCUUCGAGGAUGCGAUGUCACAUAUUUGUCGUAUAAACCGGAUUUUGGAGUCUCCCAGAGGGAAUGCACUCCUGGUAGGGGUAGGCGGCAGUGGGAAACAAAGCCUGACAAGACUGGCAGCAUUCAUCAGCUCCCUGGAGGUCUUUCAGAUCACGCUGAAGAAAGGCUACAGUAUCCCUGAUCUGAAGAGUGAUUUGGGAACGCUGUACAUCAAAGCCGGUGUCAAGAAUGUUGGCACAGUGUUCCUGAUGACAGAUGCCCAGGUAGCAGAUGAGAAGUUUCUCGUGUUGGUGAAUGACCUUUUGGCAUCUGGUGAGAUCCCUGAUUUGUUCCCUGAUGAUGAGGUGGAGAACAUCAUCGGCGGAGUUAGGAAUGAGGUGCGGGGCCAGGGCUUGCUGGACACAAGGGACAACUGCUGGAAGUUUUUCAUCGACCGCGUCCGCAGGCAACUCAAGGUUGCCCUCUGCUUUUCCCCAGUGGGCAGUAAACUCAGAGUGCGUAGUAGGAAGUUCCCCGCAGUGGUCAACUGCACAGCCAUCGACUGGUUCCACGAAUGGCCCCAAGAAGCUCUGGAGUCAGUCAGCCUUCGUUUUCUACAGGAAGUGGAUCACAUCGAGCCAGAAGUGAAGGAUUCAGUUAGUAAGUUCAUGGCUUAUGUCCAUGUAAGUGUAAACAAGACCUCUAAGGACUACCUGGCCAAUGAGCGACGUUACAAUUACACAACGCCAAAGUCCUUCCUGGAGCAGAUCAAACUCUAUAGAAACCUGCUGGCUCUGAAGAGACAGGACCUCACCAGUAAGAUGGAGCGUCUGGAGAACGGCCUGCAAAAGCUCAACAGCACAUCAGCUCAGGUGGAUGACCUGAAGGCCAAACUGGCCGCGCAGGAGGUGGACCUCAAGCAGAAAAACGAGGACGCGGAUAAGCUAAUCCAGGUGGUGGGGGUGGAGACGGAGAAAGUUAGCCGGGAAAAAGCGGUAGCAGACGAGGAGGAGCAAAAGGUGGCCUCCAUCGCUGUGGUGGUGAGCAAGAAGCAGCAAGACUGUGAGGAGGAUCUUGCCAAGGCUGAGCCUGCUCUUAUAGCAGCUCAGGAGGCCCUCAACACCCUCAACAAGAAUAAUUUGACGGAGCUUAAAACUUUUGGUUCACCGGUGGUUGCGAUCACCAACGUGACCGCUGCUGUUAUGGUACUCAUGGCCCCCGGUGGUCGAGUCCCAAAAGACCGCAGCUGGAAAGCAGCCAAAGUGAUGAUGGCUAAGGUGGAUGCGUUUCUGGACUCGCUAAUUAAUUUCAACAAGGAGAAUAUUCAUGAGAACUGUCUCAAAGCCAUCCAACCCUACCUUCAGGACCCUGAAUUUAAACCUGAGCUAGUGGCUGCCAAGUCCAACGCUGCUGCCGGACUCUGCUCUUGGGUCAUCAAUAUUGUUAAGUUCUACCAGGUGUUCUGUGAGGUGGAGCCUAAGAGACAGGCAUUAAACAAGGCUAAUGCAGAGCUAGCUUCUGCUCAGGAGAAGCUCACGGCUAUUAAGACUAAAAUCAAUCACCUUAAUGAGAACUUGGCGAAGCUGACGGCUAAGUUUGAGAAAGCCACAGCAGACAAGCUGAAGUGCCAACAGGAGGCCGAGUCCACGGCACGCACCAUCUCUCUCGCCAACCGCCUAGUCGGGGGACUUGUGUCGGAGAACGUCCGCUGGGCUGAGGCUGUAGAUAACUUCAGGAACCAGGAGAGAACACUAUGUGGAGAUGUGCUGCUGAUCACAGCGUUCGUGUCUUAUCUCGGCUACUUUACAAAGCGAUAUCGUCACGAACUGAUGGACAACACAUGGAGGCCAUAUCUUAGCCAGCUUAAGGUUCCGAUCCCAGUAACUCCGGACUUGGAUCCGUUGACUAUGUUAAUGGAUGAUGCAGACAUAGCGGCCUGGCAAAACGAGGGGUUGCCUGCAGACAGGAUGUCCACAGAGAAUGCCACAAUUCUCACCAGUUGUGAGCGGUGGCCGUUAAUGGUGGACCCUCAGCUUCAGGGAAUCAAAUGGAUCAAAACCAAAUACGGAGAUGAUCUUCGUGUCAUCAGGAUUGGUCAAAGAGGUUACUUAGACUCCAUUGAGAGGGCGUUGUCUUCGGGCGACGUUGUCUUGAUUGAGAACUUGGAGGAGACGGUGGAUCCCGUGCUUGGACCCUUGCUUGGUCGAGAGACAAUCAAGAAAGGACGCUACAUCAAAAUAGGAGACAAGGAGUGUGAGUACAACCCCGCUUUCCGUCUCAUUCUGCAUACCAAGCUCGCAAACCCACACUAUCAGCCUGAGCUGCAAGCCCAGUGCACACUGAUAAACUUUACCGUGACCCGGGAUGGCCUGGAAGAUCAACUCCUGGCUGCUGUGGUCAGUAUGGAGCGGCCUGAUCUGGAAGAACUGAAGUCAAACCUCACAAAGCAGCAGAACGGCUUUAAAAUCACUUUGAAAACUCUGGAGGAUAACCUGCUCUCACGGCUGUCCUCUGCUUCUGGAAAUUUCCUUGGAGAUACAGAACUGGUUGAAAACCUUGAGACAACCAAAAGAACAGCUGCAGAAAUUGAAGAGAAGGUGAAGGAAGCCAAGGUGACAGAAGCUAAAAUCAAUGAGGCCAGGGAACACUACAGACCGGCGGCAGCCAGGGCUUCACUGCUUUACUUCAUCAUGAACGACCUCAAUAAAAUCCACCCUAUGUACCAGUUCUCUCUAAAGGCCUUCAAUGUGGUCUUCCAAAAUGCUGUUCUAAAGGCACCUCCAGAUGAGACCCUUAAACAAAGAGUCGUAAACCUGAUAGACAACAUCACAUCCUCUGUCUUCCAGUACACCACUCGCGGGCUUUUCGAGUGUGACAAACUCACAUACACUGCCCAGCUUGCCUUCCAGAUUUUGCUAAUGAAUAAAGAGAUCAAUCCAGUUGAGCUGGACUUCCUGUUGAGGUAUCCAGUCCAGCCUGGGGUUUCCUCGCCUGUGGAUUUCCUAUCCCACCAUUCUUGGGGUGGCAUUAAGGCACUGUGUGUUAUGGAGGAGUUUCAUAACCUAGACCGGGAUAUAGAGGGAUCAGCGAAGCGCUGGAAAAAGUUUGUGGAAUCAGAGUGUCCAGAGAAGGAGAAGUUCCCUCAAGAGUGGAAGAAUAAGUCAGCUUUACAGAGGCUGUGCAUGAUGAGGGCGCUGCGACCAGACAGAAUGACCUACGCUGUGAGAGAUUUUGUGGAAGAGAAGCUGGGCAGUAAAUAUGUGAUGGGUCGCUCUGUGGAUUUUGCCGUGUCUUUCGAAGAAUCUGGGGCUGCCACUCCAAUGUUCUUCAUCCUGUCCCCUGGCGUCGACCCUCUGAAGGAUGUGGAAAAACACGGGAGGAAACUUGGAUACACGUUCGAUAACAGAAACUUCCACAACGUGUCACUCGGCCAGGGACAGGAAGUGGUUGCUGAGCAGGCUCUGGACCUGGCAGCACAGGAGGGUCAUUGGGUCAUACUGCAGAAUAUACACUUAGUAGCCAAAUGGUUAAGCACACUGGAAAAGAAGUUGGAGCAGCAUGGAGAAGGAAGCCAUCAAAACUUCCGCGUUUUCAUCAGUGCAGAGCCAUCGUCUUCCCCAGAGGGUCAUAUUAUCCCCCAGGGCAUCCUGGAGAACUCCAUCAAAAUCACCAACGAACCUCCUAUGGGCAUGCACGCCAACCUGCAUAAGGCUCUAGACAAUUUCAACCAGGAUACUCUGGAGAUGUGUGCCCGGGAGAAUGAGUUCAAAAGCAUUCUCUUUGCCCUGUGCUACUUCCAUGCCGUUGUGGCAGAGCGACGCAAGUUUGGGCCACAGGGCUGGAACAGAAGUUAUCCCUUCAACACUGGUGACCUUACCAUCUCUGUCAAUGUUCUCUACAACUAUCUGGAGGCCAACACGAAGGUGCCAUAUGACGAUCUGCGUUAUCUUUUCGGUGAGAUCAUGUAUGGAGGUCACAUCACUGAUGACUGGGACCGCAGGCUGUGUCGCACUUAUCUGGAAGAGUUCAUCAAACCGGAGAUGAUGGAGGGAGAACUGUAUUUGGCCCCAGGCUUUCUCCUCCCUGGGAACAUGGAUUACAACAGCUACCAUCAGUACAUAGAUGAAGCGCUCCCUGCUGAGUCUCCGUAUCUGUACGGGCUCCACCCCAAUGCAGAGAUUGGUUUCUUGACCCAGACAUCAGAGAAGCUCUUCCGUACCGUGCUGGAGAUGCAGCCUCGAGAUGGGGGCUCGGGGGAGGGCAGCGGGACCACUCGAGAUGAAAAGGUUAGAGCAGUCCUAGAGGAAAUCACAGAGAAGCUUCCAGAAGAGUUCAAUAUGGUGGAACUGAUGGGGAAGGUGGAGGAACGGAGCCCCUAUGUAGUGGUGGCAUUCCAGGAGUGUGAGCGCAUGAAUAUCCUUACACAGGAGAUCAAGCGCUCACUUAAAGAGUUAAGCCUAGGCCUGAAGGGUGAACUGACUAUGACCAGCGAAAUGGAGAACCUGCAAAAUGCCAUAUACCUCGACCAAGUACCCGACUCAUGGACCAGACGUGCUUACCCUUCUAUGUCAGGUCUGGCCCUGUGGUUCACGGACCUCCUGAACCGCAUCAGAGAGCUGGAGACAUGGACGUCUGACUUCGUCCUGCCCUCUGUGGUAUGGCUGGCUGGUUUCUUCAACCCCCAGUCCUUUCUGACGGCCAUCAUGCAGUCUAUGGCACGACGUAACGAGUGGCCGCUCGACAAGAUGUGUCUGCAGUGUGAUGUCACCAAGAAGAACCGCGAAGACUUCAGCUCGCCGCCACGGGAGGGCGCCUACGUGCACGGCCUAUUCAUGGAGGGAGCACGCUGGGACACGCAGGCAGGCAUUAUUGUGGAUGCCCGACUGAAAGAGCUUUCGCCAGCAGUCCCUGUGAUCUUUAUAAAGGCUAUCCCAGUGGACAAACAGGAAACGCGUAAUGUCUACCAAUGCCCUGUUUAUAAGACCAGGCAACGAGGACCCACGUAUGUAUGGACGUUUAGCCUGAAAACCAAAGAAAACCCAUCUAAAUGGACCCUUGCAGGUGUGGCCCUCCUCCUCCAAAUAUAG